CAACUUGCUCGCCGUUUCAAUUUCAAUCUUCUCGUUGUCGUGAACGCUGUCGCUUGUGCUCUUUUCUGUUGUGCGUCGUCGCUCGGAAAUUUGUAGUCAAUUAUUAAUUUGAUCUCAGCCUCGUCGGUUUGCAUGUUUCUCUGUGCCCCACUACACUAAAAAAGCUGAAACAGAAAGCGAAAACGUCGCGCCCACUUCACAGCCUGACAUAAUGGCAAACUUCGAUGAUACAUUGCAGCGUGCUCGCCUCGCAUUCGCCAGCGGCAAGACCAGGAACGUAAGCUUUCGCCGCAAGCAAUUGGAGAAUUUGCUCCGUUGCUAUGAGGAGCAUGAAAAUGAGAUUAUCAGCGCCUUGGAGGCUGAUUUGCGACGUCCCAAACAGGAGAGUUUAAUUGUGGAAACCGAAUUCAUGAAGAAUGACAUCAAGCAUAUACUUUAUCAUCUAUCUGACUGGGUCAAGGCCGAGAAGCCCUCAAAGUCGUUUGUUAAUAUGCUGGACGAUGUACAAGUCUUUAACGAUCCCUAUGGAGUUGUGCUUGUGAUUGGCGCCUGGAAUUAUCCAUUGCAGCUGUUGCUUGUGCCAGUGGCUGCAGCAAUUGCCGCCGGAAACUGUGUGGUACUCAAGCCCAGUGAGAUUGCCGGCAAUUGUGCCAAAUUUAUUGCCGAAACAUUACCCAAAUAUCUGGACAAUGAUUGCUAUCCAAUCAUUUGUGGCGGACCCAGCGAGACUGCGGAGCUAUUAAAUCAACGCUUUGAUUAUAUAUUCUAUACGGGCUCCACGCGUGUCGGUAAAAUAAUUCACGCUGCGGCAAACAAGCAUUUGACGCCCACAACACUGGAGCUGGGUGGCAAGAGUCCCUGUUACAUUGACAAGUCCGUGGAGUUGCGCACAGCCGUGAAGCGCAUAUUGUGGGGCAAGCUGAUCAAUUGUGGCCAAACCUGCAUUGCACCCGACUACAUACUCUGCUCCAAGGAGAUGCAGGAUAAGUUCAUAGUUGAGGCCAAGGAUGUGCUCAAGGAAUGGUAUGGCGAAAGCAUACAAAGCAGCCCCGAUCUGAGUCGCAUCAUCAAUCAAAACAAUUUCCAACGACUCCUGGGACUAAUGAAAUCUGGACGUAUUGCGCUUGGCGGUAAAUAUGAUGCCAGCGAGCGUUAUAUUGAGCCCACAAUUGUGGUUGAUGUGAAACCCAAUGAUCCCAUUAUGGAGGAGGAAAUCUUUGGUCCAAUCUUGCCCAUUUAUACGGUAGAGAAUGCCUAUGAUGCAAUGAAGUUCAUCAAUGCCAGAGAGAAACCACUUGUAAUCUACGUAUUCUCUAACUCUAAUAAGUUGAUCAAUGAGUUCAAGAAAAACACGACAAGCGGCGGAUUCUGCAGCAACGAAACUAUAAUGCAUGUUGGAGUUGACACAAUUCCCUUUGGCGGUGUCGGCAUGAGCGGCAUGGGCUGUUAUCAUGGCAAACAUGGGUUUGACACGUUUACACAUAAGAAGUCGUGCCUGGGCAAGGAUCUGGCUAUAAUUGGCGAAAAGAUGGCAUCAGCUCGUUAUCCACCGUAUUCGGAUCGCAAGGCCUCUCUGCUCUCAUUCCUGUUGCGCAAACGACGUCCGCUGCCCAAUUUGCAUCUGUCGCAUGUUCUGGCUGUGGGUCUUGGCGUGGGUCUGACUGUGCUGGUCAACUAUUACCUACAGGUAAGAAAGGGCAAGCUGUUGUCGCGUUAAAACAAAUUGCAUCAAUGGCGGAUUUAAAUCGUUACACCAUGAGCCAGUGGAUUUAUAUUAACAUUUACAUUUGGAACCCUUCGCAGAAAAUGCACUAGCAUUUAGUAUUAGUGUCUUCAUUUUUAUUUUUGUGGGGUUCUUUUUAUUAUUAUUAUUUAUACUAACUAUGAUCUUAAGGCACAUACAUACUCUUGAUUUCAAAACUAAUACGAUAUUAUUUGAUACAUAUUCGCAUUUCUGAUAUUAACACUGGUAAACAUUGUUUCAUGUAAAUAAAUUAAUUAUGUAAUUUGCUUUUGCUCCUAGGAAACGUAAAAUAUGUAUUUGUAUAAUUAAAUUCUAUUAUUU